AUGACAGACACGCUGUACGAAGGCGGCUUUCUCAAGGCCGAGCUGAUUUUCCCCCACGAAUACCCCCUGUUGCCGCCCAGGAUGAAAUUCAAAACGCCCAUGUGGCACCCGAACAUCUACGAAGAUGGCACCUUGUGCAUUUCUAUCUUGCACGCGCCUGGCCAGGAUGAGUACGGGUAUGAAGAUGCCAGCGAGCGCUGGCUGCCUGUUCACACGGUGGAGUCGAUUCUUCUCUCGGUUAUUAGCUUGUUGAGCUCCGAUACGCCCAACACAGACUCCCCGGCGAACAUCGAUGCCGCAAAGCAGGUGCGAGAGGAUCUCGCGGGCUACCGGAAAAAGGUGCGACGUCUUGUCCGUCAAUCAAGUGAAGACGCAUUUGAGUAA